AUGAAGGAGUGUGGAAAUGGUGUCAUUGAUGGUGACAAUGAAGAAUGUGACUGUGGAAACGAAGAGGAAUGCAGGAAGAACGGGUGUUGCCAAAAGGACUGUACUUUCAAAGAAGGCAUUGACUGCCUGUAUGGGCUCUGCUGUGAGAACUGUAAGUUCUCAGAAGAGGGAGUCCUGUGCAGAGAAGCCACGACGGAGUGCGACCUCCCGGAGUUCUGCAAUGGGACCUCCUAUGACUGUCCGAUGGAUGUCUACAAGCAAGACGGGACCCUGUGUGGCAACCACAAUCACUGUUUCCUGGGACUUUGCCUGGAUCUCCACGCACACUGCAGGGCCCUCUUUGGCCAGGACGCGAGGGAAGCCCCGCUGAGCUGCUUCAAGGAAAUGAACACACGAGGAGACCGCUUUGGCAACUGUGGCAGAGAUGGCUCGGCUUUUCGGAAGUGUCUUGAGAAGGAUGUUCUUUGUGGAAGAGUGCAGUGUGUUAAUGUGGGACGAAUUCCAAGUAUUGCAACUGGACAAGGCGUGCUUCAGACCCCAGUGGCGGGUACAGUGUGCUGGGGGACAGAAUUUGAUCUUGGGGAGGACGUCUAUGACCUUGGAGCAGUGCGAGAUGGGACCACCUGUGGCCCCGGCAAGAUAUGCAUAAAUAGAUCAUGCGUGGACGUGGAUGUGCUGAAUUAUGACUGUGACCUCUCAGUAUGUAGCAGACGAGGAAUCUGCAACAGCAACCGGAACUGCCACUGCUCUUACGGAUGGGCACCUCCCUUCUGCACCCGCCCAGGGUUUGGGGGGAGCAUCGACAGCGGCCCCCCUCCUGCCUACCAGCGCUUCCUAGAAUCUUCCAGGUACCCCUACUCGGAGAUCAUUGUGCCCAAGGAGGUGGACUUGAGCGACGUUUCGGACAACGAGCCGGAGAGCUCAGAGAAGGAGAAUCAGGGAGCAUCCAGUCAAUAA